CUGCGGUACUGCGCGUGAGCCGCGUGUCACACACCUCUACAAUUAACUAGUUGUUUCCCUUCAGCUGCAACGCGGAUGGAAUAACUGAAGGCUGCACUUUCGCCUUUAAAGAAGAAAAGCAGAAUCAACGCGUUUUUCUUGAGCCUCAGAGCAUAGCCAGGCCUCAAACUGACUGACCUCAGCAUGGGCAUUGAGAGUCAGGGCCCCAUGCGCCCUGCAGGAAACCUGACGCCAAAGCAGGUCAAGACAUUUCAGAAGGUGGAGCCGAAAGCACUGGGGUCCAUUCAGAUCAUCAUUGCAGUCUUAUGCUUGUGUCUGAGCAUCACCAUUCUUCAGCUCUAUGAAGAGGUUCACUUCUCUCCUGAUGUCAUUGUUGUGGUAGUGAUCGUUGUUCAGUUGCUUGUGUCUGGAUCCAUUUUAAUCCAUGCUGGACGGUUCCCGUCUCUGUUCUGGGUAAAAGCCACACUGGUUGCUCACCUGGUCAGUGCAGCGUUUUCCACUGCUGUUCUUGGGCUGCUGUCUCGUCACCUGCCUUACCGUCAGGACACGUACCACUGUGAGCACUGCAGGAGACUGGAGAUCUAUGCUGUGCAACAAUAUUGUUACAGGAAGUGCACUUAUACUGUCGAGAGAAAUAGUAAACUCUUAAUCGAUGGCUUCUUGGCCACACUGGUUCUGUUUCUGGUGGUGGAGUUGGCGAUCUGCAUUGUAACAAUCUUGUUUGGACUCAAUGCUCUGGCUAAAGGUGGCAUGCAGCUUCCUGGUUUUAGACAGCGUGCUGCCCCAUCUCAGCCCGAGGCCGUCACCCCUAGCCAACCUCAGGUGGAAGUGGUGGUGUCAGAGGUGGAGCCAAUGCCUGAGCGUGAACCUGAACCCAAAUCUGAACCGAUAGAAGAAAUCCCCAGCCCUCCCACUGAACCUCAAGUGGCGCCCAUUGACUCUUUAACAGACGUUUGAUGCUUUGUGCUCAUGUGAUCUGUAUGUAUAUUGUAGAGAUGAGUGAGGUUUUAGCAGCAAGGGUUUUUGUAUUUUAGUGAUGUAUGAAAUCAACAUGAUAGGGCUUUGUAAAAUAGGCCAUUAUCAUCAUACUUAAAAAAAAAAAGGGUUCAACCAAAAAUAGAAAUUCAUUUGCUCCCUCAUGUUGUUCCAAACCCAUAACUUUCGGUUACACAUUAUUUUCAGGUGUCCUUGUUACAGAGUAAUUAAGUACUUAGUAAU